AUGCAUAGGCAAAUAGCACCACUAUCAUCCCCACCGACACCACCAGCUUCUCCUUCUACGCAACCAACAUUAUACUUUACACGUUUAACAGAGAAAGCUUGGGCUCCAAUACAACUUAUCCAUAAGUCAGCUGGAUAUGAUCUUAGAAGUGCAUACGAGUAUACUGUUAUCGCUUAUGGACGGUGUCUGGUUUUAACGGAUUUACAAAUUAAAAUUCCACCUGGAUGUUAUGGUCGAAUUGCCCCACGAUCCGGUCUAGCAUGGCUUUACGGAAUAGAUGUUGGAGCCGGCGUUAUAGAUGAAAAUUACACCGGCAAUAUCGGGAUUGUGCUAUUUAACCAUUGCGGAGUAGAUUUCCAUGUUAAGUAUGGUGAUCGUGUUGCACAAUUAAUAUGCGAAAAGAUCGAGUAUCCUCUUCUUGUUGAAUUGAAGGUAAAUAUAAAUCGAGAAAAAAGACAUGAUAAUGGAUUUGGAUCUACUGGCAUAUAA